CCCAAUUGCCCCGCCAACUUUUUCUCUCCCAGACACAACCGACCCCUCAACCCCACCAUCCAUUCUCUCUUUCCCCCCUCCCUUCCUUGUCACGUUGCCCACCAACACAACACACAACCACGCACGAAAAAAAAAGGCAAAACCUGCGAUUGACAGCGCAACCAGUGCGAACGACAAGAUGGCCGCGCCGCAGGACCUCGCCGACCGCACCAAGGCGUCGCCCGACACGAAAUGCUACAUUGACCCGGCCGCGGGCAAGGACGACGCCUCGGCAGACGGCUCCGAGGCCAAGCCGUACCAGUCCCUCUACCAUGCCCUGCUGCAGCACAUCGGCAAGCCGGCGCCGGCCUACCUCACACGGCCGGCGGCAGCGCCCGCAAAAGAGGAAGCCAGCAGCACAGAGUCGGCAGCGCCAGCGGCGGCGGCGUGGGAGGAGCCGGCCAAGAGCGCCAUGAAGAAGGCGGUCAGCCGGGUGGACGCGCACAAGAAGAAGCUGGCCAAGGAGCAGGCGUCGGCGAAGCAGGAGGAGGAGGAGCGCAAGCAGCGGGUCAAGAACCUGGAGGACGCCAAGAAGAUCGUGCUGCGGGAGGACGCGUCGCUGCCGGCGGCGGUGCGCAUCAAGAUCAACAACAAGGCGGUCGAGCUCGGGGACGGCAAGGACAAGAAGGGGGCGCGGGUCCAGGUGUACGGGCGGAUCCACGAGCUGCGGGCGCAGAAGACGACCACCUUCAUCACGCUCAAGGACGGCUACGGCUACCUGUCGUGCAUCCUGCCGGCGGGCGACCUGACCAAGAACUACGACGCGCUCAUGUUCGCGCUGGAGACGGCGCUGGUGCUGCACGGCGAGAUGCGCGCCGUGCCCGCGGGCGUGACCGCCCCGGACGGCCGCGAGCUGCACGUCGACUACUACCGGGUGCUGGGCGCGGCGCCGAGCGACCUCGAGGCCAUCACCAACAAGGUGUCGGCGCAGCAGGACCCGUGGGACGCGCAGAUGCUGGACAACCGCCACCUGGUGCUGCGCGGCGAGAACGCGUCGUCGGUGCUGAAGCUGCGCGAGUUCGUCGAGCUCGCCUUCAUCGACAGCUUCCGCGAGAUGGAGUUCCGCAAGGUCUCGCCCCCGGCCAUGGUGCAGACCCAGGUCGAGGGCGGCUCGACGCUGUUCAAGUACGACUACUACGGGGAGGAGGCCUACCUGACCCAGUCGAGCCAGCUGUACCUCGAGACGGUCAUGCAGUCGCUGGGCAACGUGUACUGCAUCGAGAAGUCGUUCCGGGCGGAGAAGAGCUUGACGAGGCGCCACUUGUCUGAGUACACGCACGUGGAAGCCGAGCUCGACUUCAUCGAGUUCAACGACCUGCUCGACCACCUCGAGGAGAUGAUCUCGCGGGUGGUGGACAAGGUGCUGGCGGACGAGACGAUGCGCGGGUACGUCAAGGCGCUCAACCCGGGGUUCCAGAAGCCGUCGCGGCCCUUCAUGCGCAUGAAGUACGAGGAGGCCAUCGAGUGGCUCAACAAGCAGGACCCGCCCAUCCCCAACGAGGACGGCAACCCGCACGUGUUCGGCGACGACAUCGCCGAGGCCGCCGAGCGCCGCAUGACCGACAUCAUCAACCGGCCCAUCUUCCUCACCCACUUCCCCGUCGAGAUCAAGGCGUUCUACAUGAAGAAGGACCCGCAGGAUCUGAGGGUGACCGAGUCUGUCGACGUGCUGAUGCCCGGCGUGGGCGAGAUCGUCGGCGGCUCCAUGAGGAUGGACGACUACGACGAGCUGAUCGAGGCGUACAAGAAGAACGGCAUCCCGCACGAGCCCUACUACUGGUACACCGACCAGAGGAAGUAUGGCUCGUCGCCGCACGGUGGAUACGGCCUCGGCCUGGAGCGGUUCCUGGCCUGGAUGGCCAACCAGCACACCGUCCGCACCUGCAGCUUGUACUCGCGCUUCAUGGGGCGGUGCAAGCCUUGAGGAGGAGGAGGAGGAGGGGGUUGGGUUUGGUUUGAGAGGUGGAGUUUAUUUUAGAGUGG